CGGGAAAGAAAGCCUGGGGGAGAGAGGAUGCUGAGCUCCGGGGCCACGGAAUGAGCCUCUUGCGGCAACAUUUUGCCCCUCCCCCCCAAGCCGCCAGCAUCCAUUGAGCAUCGUGGCUCUGCCAGAGUUCUUUUCCUUUCCUGGAGGAGAUAGAGAGAGCAGGGCGGACUAUACUGCAGCAGGUGGAGGGAGCCGUUUUGAUGUGGGGCCCCAAGUGCUGCUCCAGGGGCAUUUGAUCAAGGAGCUGGACCGUGGCACUGGGAUGCUGCCUGGGGCCUUGCAGUUGGCUCAGUCUCUUCUCAUCUUAUGGAAUGCUGUGGUCUAGAGGAGAGAGGAGUACGGGAAGGAUUUCUGUGGCAAGGCUAACAUGCCAACCUGAUCUCCCGUGAGUGAGAGACGGAGAAGCUGCCGCUGCGGAAGAAUGCUGCAUCUUAGCACAGAUCUUUUUUUUUUUUUUUUUAAAGAAAUGCUUUGGAUCUAGAUUGAAUGUUUCUGCCAGGCAGCAAACACCGUUUACAAAGGCCUUUUUCUGCCAUCUCAGUCCUGGAUCGGUGGAAGUGCCCAGGCUCUGAAAAAAUGUCUCCCAGCAUCAAAAACUUGGAUUGCUUCUCUCCGAUGUUAUGCCACUGUAAAGUAGCUUGCAGCAGCAGCACGAUGUCCUUAAUGUUUGGCUGUAAGAAAUAUAGAUAUCAAGAUGAAGAUACUCCUCCACAAGAACACAGCUCUCCAAACAUUACCAACGAGGUGACUGGUCCUGAACUGGUUCAUGUCUCAGAAAAAAACCUUUCAGAGAUAGAAAAUGUCCAUGGAUUUGUUUCCCACUCUCAUAUUUCGCCAGUGAAGCCAACAGAAGCCGCACCUCCCUCUCCUCCCAUUGUCCCCGUGAUCCCUGUCCUGCCAGUCUCUGCUGAGAAUACUGUCGUCCCACCCACAACACCACAGGCAAAUCCUCCUCCAGUGCUGGUCAACACAGAUAACUUGGAAACGUCACCAUAUGUCAAUGGUACAGAUGCAGAUUAUGAAUAUGAAGAAAUCACACUGGAACGGGGCAAUUCAGGGCUUGGUUUUAGCAUUGCAGGGGGCACAGAUAACCCACACAUUGGAGAUGACUCAAGUAUUUUCAUUACAAAAAUCAUUGCAGGGGGAGCAGCAGCACAGGAUGGAAGACUACGGGUUAAUGACUGUAUUUUGCGAGUAAAUGAAGUUGAUGUCCGGGAUGUGACACACAGCAAAGCGGUUGAAGCCUUGAAGGAAGCAGGGUCCAUUGUGCGUCUGUACGUCAAAAGACGGAAGCCAGUGACGGAGAAGACAGUGGAGAUCAAGCUGGUGAAAGGCCCCAAAGCAGGUCUUGGGUUCAGUAUAGCUGGUGGAGUUGGAAAUCAGCAUAUUCCUGGGGAUAACAGCAUCUAUGUCACCAAAAUUAUUGAAGGGGGAGCAGCCCAUAAAGAUGGCAAACUACAGAUCGGAGAUAAACUUUUGGCAGUGAAUAGUGUAUGCUUAGAAGAAGUGACUCAUGAAGAGGCUGUGACAGCCUUAAAGAACACAUCUGACUUCGUUUACCUGAGAGUAGCAAAACCUACCAGUAUGUACAUGAAUGAUGGCUGUGUUCCUCCUGAUGUCACCAACUCUUAUUCUCAACCUGUGGAUAACCACGUUAGUCCACCGGCUUAUUUGGGCCAAACACCAGCGUCACCAGCCAGAUACUCCCCAGUUCCCAAAGGGAUGCCUGGAGAUGAUGAGAUUACAAGAGAACCAAGGAAAGUUGUUCUUCAUCGUGGAUCCACAGGCCUUGGUUUCAACAUUGUUGGAGGGGAAGACGGGGAAGGAAUAUUUAUUUCCUUUAUCCUUGCUGGGGGGCCUGCUGAUCUUAGUGGAGAGCUCCGUAAAGGAGACCGCAUCAUAUCGGUAAAUAGUGUUGAUCUCAGAGCGGCCACGCACGAACAGGCGGCAGCAGCUCUGAAGAAUGCUGGCCAGGCUGUCACAAUUGUGGCACAGUAUCGACCAGAAGAAUAUACUCGUUUUGAAGCAAAGAUCCAUGACUUACGGGAACAGAUGAUGAAUAGCAGCAUCAGCUCCGGAUCCGGUUCUCUUAGAACCAGCCAGAAGCGAUCCCUCUAUGUCAGAGCCCUUUUUGAUUACGACAAGACUAAAGACAGCGGCCUUCCAAGUCAAGGACUGAAUUUCAAAUUUGGAGACAUCCUUCAUGUUAUCAACGCCUCCGACGACGAAUGGUGGCAAGCCAGGCAGGUGACGCCGGACGGCGAGAGUGACGAGGUCGGCGUGAUUCCCAGCAAACGCAGAGUUGAGAAGAAAGAACGAGCCCGGUUAAAAACAGUGAAAUUCAAUUCUAAAACAAGAGGAGCUAAAGGGCAGUCACUCAAUGGCAAGCGUAAAAAGAACCUCUUUCCCCGAAAGUUCCCCUUCUACAAGAGCAAGGACCACAGUGAGCAGGAAACCAGUGACAUUGACCAGCAUGUAACUUCUAAUGCCAGCGAUAGUGAAAGUAGUUACCUAAUCUUGAUUACAGAUGAGUAUGGUUGUUCAAAAGGUGGUCAAGAAGAAUAUGUCCUGUCCUAUGAGCCAGUGAAUCAGCAAGAAGUUAGUUACACGCGCCCCGUGAUCGUGCUGGGACCCAUGAAGGACAGGAUCAAUGACGACUUGAUCUCGGAGUUCCCGGAUAAGUUUGGAUCCUGCGUUCCACACACAACCAGACCAAAGCGAGACUAUGAGGUGGACGGCAGAGAUUAUCACUUUGUGACCUCGAGGGAACAGAUGGAAAAGGACAUCCAAGACCACAAGUUCAUCGAGGCUGGCCAGUACAACGGUCACCUCUAUGGAACCAGCGUGCAGUCUGUGCGUGAGGUGGCUGAAAAGGGCAAACACUGCAUUCUGGACGUCUCAGGAAAUGCCAUCAAGAGGCUGCAGAUGGCUCAGCUCUACCCCAUCUCUGUUUUUAUUAAACCCAAAACCGUGGAAAAUAUCAUGGAGAUGAAUAAACGUCUGACAGAGGAGCAGGCCAAGAAGACCUUUGAGAGAGCCAUGAAACUGGAGCAAGAGUUUACAGAGCAUUUCACAGCCAUCGUGCAGGGAGACACACUGGAAGACAUUUACAACCAAGUGAAGCAGAUCAUCGAAGAGCAGGCGGGUCCUUCCAUCUGGGUCCCAGCAAAGGAGAAGCUAUGAGGACGAGCUCUCUCCUUGGGCCCCCUCUCCUCCCUCGGCCGCCUCCUGGGCCUCCCCCGGGGUUCUCCUCAGUGCUCGGCCGAAGCUGAAUCCUGUGCCACCCAUCCUGCCUGGCAGGUCCUCCUCUUUUCUGAGACAUCUUCUAGCCCUCUGUGUUUGCUCCUUUGUAUUCUCACGUGUUCCUGUUGGACUGCUUCCAUUUUUCAGAACUGAAGAUGGAAUGGCCCGACCAGCUCUUAAGGGUUUCGGGGGGAUGGGGAAAUUGUGGUAAAUUCCUUAAUGUUUAAGGGAAAGUAACUUUCAGUGAUUUUCAGAAAAGCUUUCUAUACAGUCUUUUAAAAUUUCAUAACAAAUGAAAGAAAACUGGUCUUAAUCGAUGAUUUAGUCGCUUGUGAGCAGCUUUGCACGCCUGCUUUAAUAGCAUGGUUUGUUUGGCCAGUGCCAUUUUCACGGGUUUUUUCUUCCAAAUUUGACUGCUUAUCAGAGCGGAGGGGUUUUGUUUUGGUUUACAGGCAGUUGAGGAAAAUCUCUGCUUUCAUUCAUUCUCUUUUUAAUUUCAUAAUUCAUGUCUGCAUUAACUUGCGUAGUGUCACAAGGGAGACUCAUUUUCUCAAGGGUUAUUUUCUUUUAAAGUCUUUUUUCUUUUUUCCCUUUUUUUCUGAUACAAUUGCUAGGAAUAAUGAUGUUCAAUGCUCUUAAUCUUGCUCGUCCAGCACUAUUUACAGUGUCCUGCAGCUGUUGUUUCUAGCUAAGGAUCAUCCCAUUUUCUGAAUUGAGACCUCGCUUAGGUGCUAGGAAAGCUUGCCCUUCACGCAGAGGGCUGACGAGUUCAUAGGCGUCGAUACUGACAAAUCCGUGACACUGUCGUGUCACGGUCCUCCUUGGGGCUUGUGGCCAAGGAACCCGGUUCAGAAAAUGACAAGUGUAUUCUUUGGGGUCAGAUUUUAACGAGUAUUUUACCCACGAUAACUGCCUAUUUUGUUAUAAUAAUAAAAUAUAUAUAUAUAUAUAUAUUAAACUUUCUUUAACUAAAACUCUGUAACUAUGGGAACUAUUUUCUUUACAUAGUUGCGCACACACACACACACACACACACACACACACACACACAUAUAUAUAUAUAUUUUUAAAAUAUAUUUUUUUCUUUUACCACCUAUUCCUAACUUUUUGUUUGGUUUGGAAAAUAAAUAUUCAUUAGACUCGAACUUCCUUAAUCAUGUGACAUGCAAACAGAGGUAUGUGUGGUUGUUGGGGGAAAUCUUUAGAAGAAAAUGAGUUGCAAGAAAAUAGUAUGAGUGCGUUCUCCUCUUUUCUACAAAAAGUGCCAGUUGUUUGUUUUCUGCUUGCCCCAGUCCUCCCUUUUCUCAGAGGGAAAAAGCCACACCAGAAUGCCAGCCUGGUGUGCGUUCAGUCUGGAGCGCAGGCCUGGCACUGCGCUGUUCACUCAUCCAGCCAGCCACCAAGAGCGCUUCGUGUGAAUGUUGUUUGGUAGCUGCCUGGCACUCGCUUGGAGCAGAUUGCUUAUGAAGUCCGUUUUUCCCAGCAGCUUCCUCCUCGUUUUUUUUCUCAGCCAGACGAAAGCUGGUUUGUAAAGAAUGAUCCGUGUUCAUUCCAUUUGUCAGAAAGGGGAGAACAGCUAAUAAACUUCAUUGUACCA